UUUAUUUUAUUCAUUUAUUAGUUCAUUUCAUGACACAUUACAUUGCAUAAUGUUAUUGGUGUAUUACACAUUAUUUUGUGUUAUUAAUACAUCAAAUGUGUAGCAUUACAUACACAAAAUAAGUAAGCAUGAAGUACAUAGGGCAGAGAAAAUUGUGUCACUGUGAAUUUUCUAAGUCAAACUAGUCAAAUCAGAUCAUUUAAGUGGUCAGUACUGAAACAUACAGCAACUUUAAUCAAGAACUGUUGGAUCACUACUAACACACUAAACGGAAUCACAAAUAUAAACAUACCCUCAAACACUGUACAUACAUGUUUUUAAUAAUGUCUUAAACCUCCUACCCUCUUCAGUAGUUUUCAGUCAAAUAAUUAUAUUUGCAAUUUAAUUAGAUGAUUUACUUUACAUAGAGUUAGUAAGCCAUGUAUUAGUAACAUUAACAAAUAUGCAAUUUAAAAUUAUAUAAUAAAACUGAGGGAAUCUUACACAAUAGUGACUCCCUAAUUUCCAGGCAUGAACCUGGCACCACCUGCUUGGUAAAAGGAACUACCUCCACCCCCUCUCCCCACACAUUUAUCAUAAAUUAAAGAGCAGAGUGGGUGAGUAGGUCAGGAACAGGGAAGACAUGUGGAGCCCUUUAAUCAUUUGUCUAUAUCUGUCCUAUAACUUUAAGUCUGCAGCUUCAAUCCUUAUGGGUUCUUGCCAGCUCCAGGGACACUUUGGUUUAAAUGGAAUGUACCAGGCUGGAGAUGUUAUUCUUGGAGGGCUGUUUGAAGUUCACUUACUUGCAGUGUUCCCAGAGCUAAGCUUUAGAUCAGCACCCGAACCACCUUACUGUGAACAAUUCGAUAUGGCAAGCUUCCAGCAGGCACAGACUAUGGUUUUUGCCAUAGAUGAGAUCAACAAGAACCCAAAACUGCUUCCUAAUAUUACUCUUGGUUAUCAUCUUUAUGACAACUGUGUGAUGCUAGGAAUGGCAUUCCGGGCUGCCAUAUCCCUAGUUAGUGGAACAGAGGAAUUGUUCUCUAACCUUAACUGUACUGGCUCACCUCCGGUGAUUGGCAUUGUGGGGGAUUCAAAUUCCACUCCCUCUAUUGCAAUUUCCAGUGUUUUAGGACUGUUUCGAGUGCCUAUAGUUAGCUAUUUUGCAACCUGUUCCUGUUUGAGUAAUAGAAAACAAUACCCAUCCUUCUUUAGAACAAUCCCCAGUGAUGCCUUCCAAGUGAGGGCUAUGGUUAAUAUUUUAAAACAUUUUGGAUGGACCUGGGUUGGUCUUAUCUACAGUGAUGAUGAUUACGGCAACUAUGCCGCUCAGUCCUUUCUUCAGGACAUUCAGAUAUAUGGAGGGUGUGUUGCUUUUACUGAAAUUCUGCCUCUAAAUAACAACCGCAAAUAUAUUGAACAUGUAGUUGGAGUAAUUCAGGCCUCUACAGCAAGGGUGGUAGUGGUGUUUUCGACUUCGACUUAUGUGUUGCCUUUAAUGGACGAGGUGGUAUUGCAGAAUGUAACAAACAGACAAUGGAUUGCAAGUGAAGCUUGGGCUACUUCACCUAUGUUUCACACUCAGCGCCUUUUGCCUUUCCUGGGGGGCACACUGGGUAUCGCCAUCAGGCGUGGAGAGAUCCAGGGACUUCAUGAGUUUCUGCUACAUCUUCGUCCUAAAAACGAUCAACAUAAUAACAUGGUAAGAAUUUUCUGGGAGAAAAUGUUUGGGUGCAGAUUUAACCCUGGAGGCAAAGGAGACAAACAGUGCUCAGGGCAAGAGGAUCUGAGCAGCAUAGAUACAGCUUACACUGAUGUCAAAGAGCUGAGGGCAUCAUAUAAUGUGUAUAAAACGGUUUAUGCCCUGGCACAUGCCCUUCAUGACCUGACGGAGUGUGAUGAGGAGAGAGGACCAUUCAGUGAAAACAGAUGUGCUGACAUAACCAAUUUACAACCCUGGCAACUGGUCCACUACCUACAGAAAGUCAACUUUACCACAGGCUUUGGGGAUCAUGUGUCAUUUGAUAAGAAUGGAGAUGUACUGGCCAUCUAUGAUGUGAUGAACUGGCACCCAAGCUCUGAUGGAUCGAUAAGUGUCCGCACAGUUGGAGUGGUAAAUGAAGGAGCAGCAUCAGGAAAGGUGCUCACACUGGAUGAAGAUGCAAUAUACUGGAACUUUAAGAUAAAGAAAGCUCCACAGUCUGUGUGCAGUGAGAGCUGUCCCCCAGGAACCAGACAAGCAACAAAAAAAGGGCUUCCUGUGUGCUGUUUUGACUGUCUGCCAUGUGGAGAUGGGGAGAUUUCUAAUGUAACAAAUGCUAUUGAGUGCACAGUAUGUCCAGACGAGUUCUGGUCUAAUAAAGAUAAGGAUCAGUGUGUACCCAAAGAAGUAGAGUUUCUGUCUUAUGAGGAUCCCUUGGGCAUCUCUCUGACUACUGCUUGCCUGCUUGGCACCUGCUUCUGUGCUCUUGUAAUGAUCAUCUUCUGUCAACAUCGUAACACUCCCAUAGUACGAGCCAACAAUUCAGAGCUUAGCUUCCUGCUUCUAUUGUCACUCAAACUGUGUUUCCUGUGUGUGCUGCUGUUCAUUGGCCGGCCACAGUUGUGGACAUGUCAGUUAAGACAUGCUGUGUUUGGCAUAAGCUUUGUUUUGUGUGUGUCCAGUAUCCUGGUUAAGACUAUGGUGGUAAUAGCCGUGUUCAAGUCCUCUCGACCAGAGGGAAAAGGGUCUAUGAAAUGGUUUGGGACAACCCAGCAAAGAUGUACUGUCCUCAUCCUAACUGCACUCCAGGUAGUAAUAUGCAUAGUCUGGCUAUCAAAUUCUUCUCCAGCACCCCAUAAAAACAGCCAGCAUAUCAGUUCCAAAAUUGUUUAUGAAUGUGCCAUUGGCUCAUUGGCUGGUUUUUCUCUGCUAUUGGGAUACAUUGGUCUUCUGGCAGCAGUAAGCUUUCUGUUAGCCUUCUUAGCAAGAAACCUUCCAGAUAAUUUUAAUGAAGCAAAGUUCAUCACUUUUAGCAUGUUGAUUUUCUGUGCUGUUUGGAUUGCAUUUGUUCCAGCAUAUGUGACCUCUCCAGGGAAAUAUGCAGUGGCUGUGGAAAUUUUUGCUAUUCUUGCCUCAAGUUUUGGAUUAUUAGGAGCAAUAUUUGCCCCAAAAUGCUAUAUUAUCCUUUUACAUCCAGAGAAAAAUACAAAAAAAGCCAUCAUGGGUAGACAAAUAACUAAAUAAAUUGUAAUACUUUACUAUGGUCUUAAAUUGUGAACUUUGUUUGUUGCAUUUUAUUUUUUAUUAAUGUACUCAUUUUGAUCAAUAUAAGAUUAUAAAGAGAUUUUUUUUGUCCA